GAUCGCAUUUCCCUACAUUUAUAUUUUUCUUUAAAAAAAAGGAGGUGAUUUUAAGAAGUAGCAUGGCCACUGCAUUUUGGAGAAGUUGGGGAAAGAGGAAAUCUCCUUGCAGGAAUGGAAGGUUUCCCCUCUGGUUUGGGAUGGGGUGUUCCCGCAGUGGGAAUGCGGCAGAUUGUGUUGUCAGAGAAGCGAACAGAAUCAAUCAGCCUCUCGCUGGAAGCGGCUUUGGUUUGGGUUCCGGGAAGCAGCGUUUUCCUGCCCCUUGUCAAAAUCGCUCGCUGCCUGCACACACUGAGCAGUGGUGCAGUUUUCCUCCUGCCGAUAUCUCUUGGAGGGGGUUCGGGUUCUGAAAUCCAGCUGCACCUUGUGGUCGAACCGCACGCCAGAGACGCUGCCUUCUUUGCGCAGGUCCCUGUCUUAGAGGAUGGUGAAUUGAUUGUUUGAUUCUCUCCCAAGUUUGUAGAAUAAAUGAUAGAAGAUACAAUGACUCUGUUGUCUCUUUUAGGCCGCAUCAUGCGCUAUUUUCUUCUGAGGCCGGAAACUUUGUUUCUAUUGUGUAUCAGCUUGGCUCUUUGGAGUUAUUUCUUUCAUACAGAUGAAGUGAAGACCAUAGUGAAAUCGAGCCAAAAUGCGGUGAAAAUGAUGAAAGGGAAAGUGGUGGAAAUCAUUCAGAACGAUCGUUUCGGGGGACUGGAUGUCCUGGAUGCCGAGUUCUCCAAAACCUGGGAGUACAAGAGCAACAAUGUGGCUGUUUAUUCUAUCCAAGGCAGGCGGGAUCACAUGGAAGACCGAUUCGAAGUCCUCACUGACCUGGUGAACAAAAGUCAUCCUUCCAUCUUCGGGAUUUUUGACGGGCACGGAGGAGAGUCUGCUGCAGAAUAUGUGAAGAUACACUUGCCCGAGGCCUUGAAACAACAUCUUCAAGAUUACGAGAAAGAUAAAGAAAAUAGUGUGUUAUCACAUCAAACAAUCUUGGAACAGCAGAUUCUUGCAAUAGACCGCAAAGUGCUCGAAAAACUCUCAGCUGCCUAUGAUGAAGCAGGCACAACAUGUCUGAUUGCAUUGCUGUCGGACAAAGAGCUAACUGUUGCAAAUGUUGGAGAUUCUCGUGGUGUACUGUGUGACAAAGAGGGGAAUGCUGUUCCCCUUUCACAUGACCAUAAACCUUACCAGUUGAAGGAAAGAAAACGGAUAAAAAGAGCAGGUGGUUUCAUAAGUUUCAAUGGUUCAUGGAGGGUCCAAGGAAUUUUGGCAAUGUCUCGUUCUUUGGGAGAUUACCCUCUUAAAAACCUCAAAGUCGUAAUCUCUGACCCUGAUAUUCUGUCUUUUGACCUGGAUAAACUACAACCACAGUUCAUGAUAUUGGCCUCAGAUGGUCUCUGGGAUGCUUUCAGCAAUGAAGAAGCUGUGAGAUUCAUCAAAGAACGUCUUGACGAGCCACACUUCGGUGCAAAGAGCAUUGUUCUGCAGUCUUUCUACAGAGGAUGUCCUGAUAACAUAACUGUAAUGGUGGUAAAAUUCAGAAACAACAGUAAGACAGAAGACCAGUGAAUGACAUUGAGCACGGGGGCAAGGUUCUUCAAGUAAUGCUGUGCAAAUGUUAGCAAUGUGUGUGAUAAUAAUAGUAAAGGUCAUGAUAUUUACAUCCGAAUGGUCAGUGCUAGACGGCUUGUAGAAUUGGACAAAUCAAUUAGCUGCACAUUCAUUUUAACUGACUGAGGUCAAAAUAUCAUCCUUUUUACCUAUAAUCAUUUUCAAAUCUCUUCUAAUAUUUCUAUUAUAUGUAAUACAAUGCACAGUGCAAAUCUUAUGCUACAAUACUAAACUAAUUGUGAUCAACAGUUUUAUAAAGAAUAGCCAAUUUAAGCAAUAAAGCAAAAACUAAUUAACAUUCAGGAUCCCUGUUGCUGAUUCAGUGGUUUUCAUAAUCAGUAAAACAGCUACUGAGCAGACAUUCAUCAAAUUGAAAAAAUGUGAAUAAAUUUAACUAACACCAACAAAAGAAGAAUUAUUUUAAAGAAUAUGAAAAGGAAAGUAAAUGUGCAUAAUUUACAGCAUAAAUUCUUAGGCACAUAGCAUAUGAACAGUUGACAUGUAACAAAGAUUUAGUUAUUUGGAGUUGCCCUCUUUAUAGUUUUCUCCUGGCACAGACACGGAGUUACUGAAUCUUUUCUAUCGCUAGGAUGAUAGGUUGGUUUAACUUCUCAGUGGUCUUCCUCUUGCUGCUUUAUGAUCAGCUGAUAAUGGUCAAUAGCUUCUGGGUUAAAAAAAAGUCUGUAUACAUUGUGCCAACUAAAUCCUGGCUACACAGUUACCAAAUUCAAGCAUUUUCUACAGUCUACAGUAAUGAUUUUCAAUUAACAGAAGUUAAUAUAAUGGAAGACGUAAAAUUUGCAGCCAAUUUGACAUUACCCCUUUUGCACUUUUGGAAAAAGUCAAAAUUACCCCCAUGUGUGCUCUGCCUAUCUUUACACUAUAAAUUUUUGAAGUGGCUUUCUCAGACAUUAGUGAUUUAUCCGUGAUCAGCCAUACCGACCUCACAUUUUAAACUAAAGAUUUCUUUUUCUCAGUAAGACUCACAAAUCAUUGUCAAUCACAAUUCUACUUUUCAUUAGCAUGUUUGCCAAAGUGGCAAAUUUGGAAUGGAUCAGAUCCAAUCCAAUUUUUCUUAGCUGUAUGUAGGACAUAGACUAUAAAGAGCACGGCAUUGUGCUAGUCAACUCUUGUAAUCUUAUUCUCUGGUGAAAGUCAACUUUGUUGUAUGCAGAUGGUGCAUUCCACUUCACAAGAUGUAACUAGUAAAUAGUCAGUGAAAAGUUAAAUUAGGAUUCAGAUUUGCAUCCCACUUUACUGUUAGGGCUAAGGGACUAAUUUUAUAUGAACAAGAAAUUGGUUUCAUUGCUAUAUCUACGCAGUCAGUGGUGAGACAAAGUAGUUACUCAGCAACUUGGCACGGUGGCUUAGUGGUUAGCACUGCUGCCUCACAGCACUCGGGUCCCAAGUUCAAUUCCACAGUGACUGUCUGUGUGAAAUUUGUAUGUUCUCUCCGUGUCUUUGUGGGUUGCCUCUGAAUGCUCCAGUUCCUCCCACAGUCCGCAGAUCAGGUGAAUUGGCCAUGCUAAAUUGCCCAUAAUAUUAGGUGCAUUAGUCAAAGGGUCAGUGUAGACUUGUGGGGCCAAAGGAUCCUGUUUCCACACUGUAGGGAAUCUAAUCAAAACUUCAGAAUCAAUCUGCCAUAAAUUAUUUUACAGGUAUCAAAUAUUCCACUGAAAAAAAUCAACCUAACAGACAUUGAACAAAUAUCAAACUUGACAUGUUGAUUUAAUAACUUCAAGGCAAGAAAAAUAUCAAAAUAAACAAUGUAAGAUUUAAUGAGAACAAGAAUACAUAACAAUUAAACUGACUACUUUAUUUAUCAAUGGUCCACAGAAUAUUUAUCCCAAGUUUUAAAUUCUUACAUUAUCAUCUACUGAUUAUUAUGUCAGAAUCGUAUACUUUAAAUUAAGCAAAACAAACAUAUAUCUCGACAGGAGGUAUCUUAGCCAGUGCUAAUUAUGAUAGAGUACAAAUGUAUAAAACAAGUAUUGAGUAUUAGAAUUAGAAUGAGUUUUAUCAUCAUGUGUACUCAAGUACAGGAGUACGGUGAAAAGUGUAUAAAGUCACAAUUCCUGAUGCCGUCUUAAGUACAAAGGUAUCUAGGUACAAAAUCUUGGUUAAAACAACAGUAUACUGAUGAAUAAUGAGGAAACAGUUCAGUUUUCUGCUACCUCAAAAGAACAUGAACUUUCUUAGUAAAGUAAUAUGGUGGUCACAUUUUGAGUAGCAUAGAUAUGUAGGUUUAUACUAUAAAUGCAAGGAAGGAAGAGAAUCAUUAAUCAAUUAUUUUCUUAAUGCUCAAUGUCUUACACCUUACAAUAAUGAUAUACGUGAUAAUGAUACAUGAUAUACAUUAUAUUAAAUUACAAAGUAGAGCCUCUAUUCAAUCAGCUUGGUUUUGCUAUUAAAAGACUAAUUUAAGAUAAACAGAAAUUGUGCAUUCCUAAUACUGGCUGAAUGAACUCGGAAUCAAAAUGCGGUUAUCUAUUCAUUGCAGCAAUUUUCAAGGUUUAAGGAUUGUGUUUAGAAGUCAUCAAUGAAAUAGCUCUACUCAAAAACAAUAGUAAUAAUAGGGCUAUUUUUCAUUCACCUCUUCAGGUAAAAAGUAGAUGUGAAUAUGAAUAAUUGCUUAAUGUCUUGGUUAUAUUUUUAUUAAAAUUAGUAGUUCUUCCUCCUAAUUUAAUACUAAAUGAUCCAUCUUAAGAUGCAAAAUUAAAAUACAUAAUCAUUAUUAAAUUUACAUUAAAGUAGAUGUAACAUUCGUAUCACAUAGUAGCUUGUAGUAUGCAUAAAAUUUGAAUGCUGAAAUGGAUGUAUGAUGAGUGGACUUGUCCAGCUUUGCCCACAAACUCGUUCAGUAAGCUUAACAAAACUAAACUUUGAAGAUUGUACAGUGAAGCAAUAUGUCGCUUUUGGUCCGCUGUUCUAAAAAUGUUGGCUGAAUUAAUUCUAAUUGUGCAAUUGAUUUUUAACAAUUCCCAAAUAAAUCAUUUUUACAUCUGUUCAUAGGAGUGUAGGAGAAUGUAGGAAUUGUAACAUACAAUAUUGGAAGUCUUCUAAAAGUAUGAAGUAUUGUUAUGCAAAUAGACUUUGGGAAUUUAUUUGUUUAUGAACAAGGAUGAAAAAGCAGACGUGCAUGAAAAGUAACAGUUGAUUUAUUAUCCAUGGCCUCAGCAUUCCCACCCAUCUGUGUAAUUAGAAUUGCUUUCAAAGGCAGAGAGAAAUUCGAGAUGAACUUGUUUAGGGCUCACAGAGGUAAUGAGCACCAUUAUCUAGCUACAGUGAUUAUUUCAAAGAUGAUUAUUUUACCAACGAUAGAUCUGAUGUGGGCAAUGAUAAUGGACAAGAUUGUCAGGAAAUUUCUGAGGCACCAAUGCAAGAGGAGAAGACUCUCUGUUUGUCCUUGCUCAAUUUUCGAGACUAUUUCUGAAAUUCAGGGGAGGAUAUGAUGUGCUAAAGGCACUGUACAUAAUAAAGGUUAUGGGGCCUGACAACAUUCCAGAGUAGUACAGAAGACUUGUGCUGCAGAAAUAUCUGCACCCCUAAGCAAGCUGUUCCCAGUACAGCUAUAGCACUGGCAUUUACCUGAAACGGGACAAUUGUCCAGCUUUGUCCCGUGCACAAAAAAACAGAAGAGUAAUCAAUCCAGUAAAUUGCUGUCCUAUUAGAAUAUAGAUAUAAUCAUUAGCAAAUUGAUGAGGUGUGUUUAGCAAUGUUCAGUUUGGGUUUUAUCAAGGUCCUUAGUUCCUGACCACAUUUCAGCUAUGAUCCAAAAAUGAAUGAAGAAUGAAGCUCAAGAAGUCAGGUGAGAGAGUGUGGCAUCAAGGAGUUCUCAGAAAACUAACGUCAUUGGAAAUCAGGGGGAAAGCCUUCCACGAAUUGUAAUCAAAUCUAUCACACGGGAAGGUGAUUCUGGCUGUUGAGGGUCUAUCACCUCAGUCUCAGGACAUUCCUAUAGGAAUUCCUCAGGGUAGUCUCUAGGCCCAACCAUCUUUAGCUGUUUCAUCAAAGACUUUCCUUCCACCAAAAACUCAGAAAUGGAGAUGUUCACUGAUGAUUGAACAAUGUCCAGUACUAUUCUCAACUCCUUAAAUAUUGCAGCCCUUUUUGUGCAAAUGCAGCGAGAUCUGGACAACGUUCAGGCUUCGGCCGAUAAGUGAUAAAUAAUACAGAUGUCACGCACCUGUCAGGCAAUUACCAUCUCCAACAAAAGCAAAUCUAACCAUCUCCCUUUGAUAUUUCUAGGUAUUACCAUUAUUGAAUCCCCCUUUAUCAACAACUAGUGAAUUACCAUUGACAAGAAACUGAACAGGAUUGGCCAAGUAAAUGGCUACAAGAACUGAUCAGAGGGAGUUUUGCAGGUAGUAACUCACCUGCUAACUCCCCAAUGCCUGGCCACCAUCCAAAGCAUAGAUUAGAAAUGUGAUGGAAUUCUCUCCACUUGACUGGGCAGUGUAACUCUAACAACACCUGGGAAGCUCAACACUACCCACGAUAAACAGCCUGAGUUUGAUUGGCACCCCAUCCACCAAUUUAAAUAUUUACUCCUUUCACUGCCAAUAUACACUGGAAGCAGUGUGUGCCAUAAGAGGCACUACAACAACUCACCAAGGUUCCUUCCAGAGCAGCUUCCAAACCUGUGAUUUCUACUACCUCUAUGGACAAGGGCAGCUGAUGCAUGGGAACAACACCUCCUGUAAAUUCCCUCCCAUGGGGUGGCAUAGUGGCUCAGUGGCCAGCACUGCUGCCUCACAGUGCCAGGGAUCUGGGUUCAAUUCAAGCCUCAGGCAACUGUCUAUGUGGAGUUUGCACAUUCUCCCCGUGUCUGCUCUGGUUUCCUCCAAAAAUCCAAAGAUGUGCAGGUUAGGUGAAUUAGCAUACUAAAUUGCCCAUAGUGUUCAGUGAUUUGUAGGUUAGGUGCAUUAGUCAGGGGUAAAUCUGGAACAACAGGAUAGGGGAAUGGGUUUGGGUGGCUCUUCAGAGGGUCAGUGUGGAGUUGUUGGGCCAAAUGGCCUGUUUCCGCACUGUAGGUUUUCUAUGAGGAAGUUACACACCAUCCUGAUUGAAACCAAAUUACUGUUUCCUAGGUCAAUAUCCAGCAUUCCCUUCCUAACAGCACUGAUGGUGUUGCUACAAAAUAUGGAUUGCAGGAAUUCAAAGAUUAGCUCAUCAUCACAUUCUCAGGGGUAGUUAUUGGCAAAAAAAUACUUAUCUAGCCAGCAACCUGUGAAUAUUGUUUUUAUUGCACAGCUGAGAGGAAUCAUUGAUGUCUAAACUGGCAAAGGUAAUGAUCCAAUUUGAUCUAUCUUUCCAAGGUACAGCACAUUCCUUGGAAAGGCCUAAAUUGGCCAAAACACAUUUUUUAAAUACACUACUUCAACUGGAGUUAAAGUGACCAGCUGUGAUACCUCCAAAAUCCUAUGGGGUUUUCAGGUGGGAAAUCAGAAGGAUUACUCUUCUGUUGCAAAAUUCUAACAUAAUCAGAAUCUGACACCCAACUGUUCGCUGUGAGCUCUCUAGCAUCCAGAAAUUUGAGAUCAGAGUGUUACAGAGUAAGAGCAUUGAUUAUUUUCUGAGUGUUCUUACUAAAAGCAUUAAUGUAGUAACCUAUACUUGGUAUAUCAUGGUAAAGAAAGGAUUAUUAAGAGAAACUAUGGGAUGUCAUCUGGAAAGUUCAAGAUUUAUAGUAAUUGCCCAAGGCAAUGUUUCACAGCUACGUCAUAUGGUACAGAAACAAAGCCUGAGGAAAGUCAGAUUCACCUGGGAGAUUGUGACUGAUGUCUGAUCAGGGCAUAUGAUAGUGGAAACCUCUCCCCAGUGCCAGUCACUAAUCUCCAAGUAAUUUGAAGCCAAAGUUACUGCAAGUUACAACUGGAAGCUCAAAGCCUCGGUAGCAACAGUACAGCUUUUAACAAUUAUUCUUCUGUGUGAAAACCUUGAAGAGCUAAACAUCUGCUUUGAUGUUGCUAUCUCGGUAUUGGAUAUCCUGCUCGCAAUAUCAAACACCAUUCUAAUGUCAUUCAGGAAGACAAUAGCAACUCAGUGGGCACAAUUUUAACUUAGUGAGGAGAUGAGUUUUGACUGAGUUAAAAUUUUGCGCAUUUGCUUCUGCUCCAGUGGCCACCACUUGAAAGCAAACCUACUUGAGUUCAGCAGGAACAUGCAACAUGCUAGGUCUGAAUCAAUUGACCUGUCAAUAUCAUUACCAAUUCCUUACCCGGAUGUUGUCUUUGCACAUCCUCAUUAGAGUCACAUUUUCUGAAUUGUAUCAAUUUGCACUGCUCCCUACUUUAAGUACCAUUUGUGUCUGUUGAUACACAGCUAUGUGGUGUUCCUUUAGUGUGAUUAGUGGCUGAGUAAAUUCUCCUUAAUCUGUGAAAAUAGCAGAUGGUAAAAAAAUUGGUAUAUAACCAGAUUCACCAUUUGCACAGUGCAUUGUAUUUACAUUAUUACAUGCUGAAACACAGUGUCUGUACAAUGUUUAAAAAGUAUUAUAUGACACAUACAGUAUCACAUUAGGAUAUGUAUGCGUUCAUUUUUACAUUUCAAUCUUCACAGACUCAAAUCUUUCCACAAUUUUAUAGAGCAUAUUCCAUCAGAUAUGUUAUCCAAUUUCUUUCCAAACAGUAUGUGCUGCACCCUUAUUCUUGAAAUCUAAAUUCAUUCAGAUCUUGUCACGUGAUAUAGGCAUAGCGAUUUGUCUUCACCUAUGCGUGAUAAGCAUUACUAGGAUAGAGUGCAGGGAAGAAAAUCAGGCAGGGAUGGUUGCAUGCCGAUAACAGAGACUGCCUAAUUCUUUGUAAAACUGGUGUCUGCCCUCAUGGACAUAUGUUCCACUCCAUCUACAUUUUAUUUCUAAGCUCCACUCAGAUAGUGCAUAGGCAGUAAAAAUCUAAGUUUCCCCUAUACUUUUCAAACUGCUUCCCAACGAACAGACGAUAAAUGAAUAUCAACUCAAAUUGUACACCAUUCUAUGAUAGGAUGGGAUUUAGACUUCACACACACUUAUGCCAUAUUAUGUCCUUUAACAUAAAGAAUGUGUGAAUAAAACAGAUUCAAAAUAAUAAAAAUGGGUUAUUUUCCUUGUUUAUUGCCACUGUGAGAUGGGAUGCCAGCAUAAUAAUUUUAAAACUUCUGUCCUAAAUCAAAGCAUUCUGAUUUGUAACAUCAUACAUUAAUUGGAUUUGGGGAUGGACAUACUGCAUGACAAAGAGAAUACAUUUAACAUCAAGGGUGCAUUAGUCAGUGCAUUUUCAUGGCUGAAAAUAUAAUAUCCUAAGCCCAGAGGCUUCUGAAUAGAAGAACAGUUGGGUCUUCCUAUAUUUUUAUCAACUUGUUCUAAUUUUGUUGAUAUUGUUGCCUUAUUUUAAAUCCAAUUUUAUUUAUUGUUUAAAAAGUACUUUUGUUUAAUGAAUCUGAACAUGGAGUCUUGGAUAAAUAUGGUUAAAAUAUACAAUAAUUUCUUGUUUUAGGUUCUGAAGACCUGCAUGGCUCUAUAUUUGUCUCUAGGAGACAGUACAGACUGCAAGUAAUGAAUCUAACAUGGUGUUUUGGAUGUAAAGAAACCAUAUUGUCUUAGUUUCGUACUGGGCAACAAAGUAUCAUCUUUUGUAUGCUUAAAUUGUACAGUACUUAAUUCCAGGACAUGAAUUACAUUACAAAAGUUAGUGGCUAGAUAGAAUUGGUGAAAUGAUUAUGUAUAAAUACUAACUAUAUGUAAAACACUGUGAUGAUAAACAUCAGAAAGUGUCAAACUACUGAAAAUGUGGGCAAGCAGUUGUAUUGUGCAAACAAUAAAAUAAAAAUAUGGAUUUCUAA